AUGGAUCCCUCGUCCAUCAAGAAGGCGCCACGGCGGCGCGACGACCGGUGUGUCGAGAAUCGACAGCCGUCCCUCCGAGCUUUGCCCCUCGGCAUCAAGCAAAAGGGGAUUCUCGCCACGUGCAAUUACGUGGCCCGACGUCGUGGUGUCAAGAAGCUUAUGCCCAUCGCCCAGGCCAGGAAGAUCUGUCCAGACCUUGUGCUGGCCGACGGCGAGGACCUGUCUCCCUUCCGCGACGUGUCCAAGCGCUUGCACGCUCUGCUUCGGUCUUACUCGUGGAACGGCAAGGUCGAGCGUCUGGGGCUUGAUGAGGUAUUCCUAGAUGUCACCGACAUUGUCUCGUACAAUGUCGAGCUAUUGAACAAAAACUCCCUGCGCCAGUCCUAUUUUUGUCUGUCUCGGUCAGACCCGGAGGUCGGAUUCGAGUAUGAUGCCACGUGCUUUGCCGGGUGCGUGUUCGGCGGCGAUGGCGUACCAUCUUACGAGAAUGCCUUGUGCGUGCGCCUUUUGGUGGCGUCUCACCUGGCCAGAUAUCUCAGAUUGAAGAUCGAGGCGGAGGGGUACACCAGCGCGUGCGGGAUAUCCACCAACAAACUGCUCGCGAAACUAGUUGGUGACAAGAAUAAGCCGCAGAAUCAGACAGUGCUCCUUGCCCUAUGCCAAGAAGAUGUCGUCUCCUUCAUGGACGAGCACAGCCUCCGUAAGGUCCCCGGGAUCGGCUCCAAGACGACCCGCGUGCUGGAAGGCUUUGUCCUCGGCAAGGAACCGGAGCCAGACACGCACUCGAUGGAGUGUUCGACCACCGUAGGCCAGGUCCGAACCCACCCCGGCAUCGCCCCGGCAACCCUCUCCCGGCUCCUCUCCGGACCGGGCUCCGAGAAAGGCCUCGGCCCCAAAGUAUGGGCCCUGCUCCACGGCGUAGACGACACCGACGUCAAGCCGGCCCGUGACGUCCCCACCCAGAUCAGCAUCGAGGACUCGUACCGGGGGCUCAACCACCCCUCCGAGAUCCACCGCGAGCUGCUCGCCAUCACCACCUCGCUGCUCCGGCGCAUGCACACGGACCUGCUCGCAGAGGAGGACGAUGACCACGAACCCCCCCAUCCCACCACCGCCACCACCGCGUCGCGCAGGUGGCUUGCUCGCUCCAAAACGAUCCGCCUCUCUACGCGGCCCUUCACCACGCCACAGGAUGACAAGCCCUACAACUGGGGCGCGCCACUCGCGCAGUUGCCCACUACCAUCCUUUGUCUUCCAUACCCGGCAGCACAACCAACAACGCCACAACAAACAAGCCCUCCACCCCUCUAA